CCGCACGUCCUGGCCCCUCAGCGCCUUCCUCGGGGUCCACGCGUCGCGCUCCUCUCCCGGGACCCCGCACCCGGAACCGCGCCCACCCCCCUUUCUCCGCCUCCCGGGACCCCGACCCCGGCCCCCGCGGGAGCCUGGAUCCGCUUCGCCGGUCCCCGCGCUCGUCCCUGGUCCGGGCCCCACCCGCCCUGGCAGGCCCUGCGCGCCCCGCGGAGACUCCGGAGCGGCUUCUCCUGGACGCGGCCCGCUGGCGGGAGGGGACCGCGGCGCUGGGUGAGCCUCGUGCGCGGGCCUGGGCUGCGCGCACGCGGCGUGGGGCCCCUGUAGGGUCCGUCCCCUGUAGGCACACGGGGUCCCUGCUCUCUGGCUGCACGUCGCAUUCCGGAGUGCGUGCUUCGUUCCUGUUGUAAGGGAUGCUUUGUCGGGUCUGGUCUGUGACCAGGAUCAACUUUACGCAACCUGGGCUGCCACGUGGGAGGGAGCGGUUUGCUGAGAUCCUGCAAUGGGACAGUGGUGUGAGGGAGACCCGGCGGCGCCGCGGGGAGGGGGCCUCUUGCUGCAGGAAACCUCCGGGGACGUGCUGGCUCAGCCUGGGUGUCUCGGCUCCCCGGCUGCCAGCUGGGCUUGCGGUUGCCCGAGAUCCACUCUCAAGAGGGCCUUUUGACUCUAGAACAAUUCUUCCAAGCAGCCACUGCUUCGGCUGCCUGUGGGGCUGUCCAGUUUCUAGGAAGCACACUUCCAAUUGUGAGAAUAAGAUUUCCGGGAAGACGGAGGUUUUUGAAUGUGUAAAGUAUGGGAAAGAACACUAAAGUGAAAAGUUCUGGAGACUUUGAGGUUGUCGCUUCCCCAAGACGCCUGCUUUUGCUCAAAGCCCCUUGAUGGGGCUGGUCCUCGUGGUGUGGAAGGGGACGGUGAGCAGGAGGACCCGAUGGUGCUGCCCUCCCGCAGACACACAGGGCGAGGUCGUCCCCAGCCUGGCUCCAGGCCCUGACCCCCGCCACCGUGUGUAUCCGGAGCCGGACUCUAGAGCUGGGGCGGUGCUGGCCCCUGUGCCCACUGGCCCCUGUGCCCACUGCUCUGCCUGGGCCUCCGCCUGCCGCAUGCCGUCCCCUGCCGUGCGCUGUGCUUCUCCAAGUAGGGCUUGGGAUACGGUCGCUCAUCCUGUGCCCCUCAUCCAUUCCUCCUCUUCAGUCCUCACCCCACCCAGCCACCAGCCUCUCUCCCUGAGCCACUGUCAGCCCAGCAGGCUUUCUUCCUCCUGCGCUCUGCUCCUCAGAAGGCCCCGGGGGUGCCCCAUGAACUCCCAAUCCCUGCUGUGGUUUCCAGGGCUUUCACAGCCCCACGGCUGUCCCAGCUCUGUCUUGGCUGCCUCAGGAGUCCUCUCUCUUCCUGCCUUUCCUGGUCCCUCCUGGCUUCUUGGGAGAAGCAUCAAGCCCCUCCUCCCUGGAGGUCCCCGGAGGCCACUUCCGCAUCCCUGUCAUAGUUGCGGCCCUGGGUCAGCAGGAGCACAGGGACGAGCUGUGUUUUGUCUAAAAGGGUGUGCCCACUGCCCUGGCGAGAAGCUGGGCAGAGACUCUCAUGGUUUGGGUACAGAGGUCAGGGCAGAGCCAGAAGUGCCCAACCCCUGGGCCUGCUCUCCUCUCCGAGUCCUCAUAGCAGUGAGCUGCUCCCUGUGGCCCUUGGGCAGGGGGUCACCGAGGGGCUCCUGGUCUGGAGAUUGGAGAUUGAAGCUUCAAGUCGCUUUUCUCCCGUGGGCUGAAGCCAGGCAGAGAUCCUGGCUUUACGUGUCUCGGCCUCUCGGAGGGAGGGUUGCCUCGUAUGCGCCUUGUUGCCGCUUCACAGGCCCCAUGUGAGUGGUUGGGUGUGUUUGUACAUCCAGCUGCUUCUGCUGGAUGUGGCAGCGUGUGGCUCAAGGCUAUAGUCUGUAAAUGUUCUCAAAGUUCUCUGCAGAAACAUUCUGCUUUUCACCAAGCAUUGCUUUGCAAAGCUUUUACUUUUAUGUAAUAUAUUCUCGUAAAGUUUCCACAGAGUGAAAUAGCCUAUCUUUCUUCCCCAAAUAAAGAAACCGGUCCAGUAGUGGCUGACACACUUGAGAACCAUCAGAAACCCAGCUAAGUUCCCAGUUGAGAUAAACCACUGACAGCAAAGCACCAUCAGUUUCACGCAGAAAUCUGUGAUUGUGGCGUAAAGCUCGUCUUCAGCGGACACCGUCUUUGCACUCCUGUUUCACGGUGGCCCUCAUGACGCUGACGCUCUUCCCGGUCCGGCUCCUGGUUGCCGCCGCCAUGAUGCUGCUGGCCUGGCCCCUGGCACUUGUUGCGUCCCUGGGCUCUGCGGAGAAGGAACCUGAGCAGCCCCUGGCCCUGUGGAGGAAGGUCGUGGACUUCCUGCUGAAGGCCAUCAUGCGCACCAUGUGGUUUGCCGGUGGCUUCCACUGGGUGGCCGUGAAGGGGCGGCAGGCGCUGCCCACCGAGGCGGCCAUCCUCACGCUCGCUCCACACUCGUCCUACUUCGACGCCAUCCCGGUGACCAUGACCAUGUCCUCCAUCGUGAUGAAGGCAGAGAGCAGAGACAUCCCGAUCUGGGGAACUCUGAUCCGGUACAUACGGCCCGUGUUCGUGUCCCGGUCAGACCAGGAUUCUCGCAGGAAGACAGUAGAAGAAAUCAAGAGACGGGCGCAGUCCAAUGGAAAGUGGCCGCAGAUAAUGAUUUUUCCAGAAGGAACUUGUACGAACAGGACCUGCCUAAUUACCUUCAAACCUGGUGCCUUCAUCCCCGGAGCUCCCGUCCAGCCUGUGGUCUUACGAUACCCAAAUAAACUGGACACCAUCACAUGGACUUGGCAAGGACCCGGAGCGUUGGAAAUCCUGUGGCUCACGCUGUGUCAGUUUCACAAUCAAGUGGAAAUUGAGUUCCUUCCUGUGUACAGCCCUUCUGAGGAGGAGAAGAGGAACCCUGCGCUGUAUGCCAGCAACGUGCGGCGAGUCAUGGCCGACUCCAUGGUGUCGACACAGUGGUGGCCUCAGAGCAGAAGCAACAGGUGGUCAGCGGCCAGUGCAGGGAUUUCAGUUGUCAUGGCUGGUUCGGGAGAGGCCCACGUGGGAGCUGGUGCCCUGUGGAGGGGAGCCCUGGGCGUCUCCGUGACUGACUACACGUUCGAGGACUGCCAGCUGGCCCUGGCGGAAGGACAGCUCCGUCUCCCAGCUGACACUUGCCUUUUAGAAUUCGCCAGGCUCGUGCGGGGCCUUGGGCUCAAACCAGAAAAGCUUGAAAAAGAUCUGGACAAAUACUCCGCAAGUGCCAGGGUGAAGGGAGGAGAGAAGGUUGGCAUCUCGGAGUUCGCGGCCUUCCUGGGAGUCCCCGCGUCCGACCUGCUGGAAGACAUGUUCUCCCUGUUCGACGAGAGCGGCCACGGCAAGGUGGACCUGCGGGAGUGUGUGGUGGCCCUGUCUGUCGUCUGCCGGCCGGCCCGGACGCUGGACACCAUCCAGCUGGCUUUCCAGGUGUACGGGGCGCAGGAAGAUGGCAGUGUCGGCGAAGGCGACCUGUCCUGCAUCCUCAAGACAGCCCUAGGGGUGGCAGAGCUCACCGUGACUGACCUGUUCCGAGCCAUUGACGAGGAGGAGAAGGGGAAGAUCACAUUUGCCGACUUCCACAGGUUUGCAGAGCUGUACCCGGACUUCGCGGAGGAAUACCUGUACCCGGAGCAGACGCAUUUCGAAAGCUGUGCGAAGACCCCGCCUGCGCCGAUCCCAAACGGUUUCUGUGCCGAUUUCAGCCCGGAAAACUCUGACGCUGGGAGGAAGCCCGCUCGGAAGAAGCUGGAUUAGGACCGAGGGUUGCGUGAGACUCGGCCCUUCCCGCGUGGCCGUCACCGCCACGAGCCUCUCUGAGAGUGACCUCUGGGCUCCGCUCCCCACCCCCGCUGUCCUGGCACUGCCUUCGGCCCGAGUUCGAGGGGCCGCGGGGGCUGUUCUUAUUUCGUUCCUUGGUGAAGAGUCUGUUGCAGAACCGACGCUUACUGUGCGAGAAUCGGAGGGCGCGCGCAUGCGGACCCCCGGGGGCCUGGACUCCAUGGGGUCGCCCCGUGUCCUCCCACGGGGUCCUGGUUUCGAGUCCCUGCCGCGGCCCUGUGCAGCGGGCGGGCCUUCGUGCGCACUCAGCACACACAUGCCACGCGGAGCGUGCCUGCCUGUAGCUCUGGCACCUCUGUCCGCCUCCGGAUCCGCAGCCUGGCAGGGCCGCUGCCCAGUUUCUCAGUGUUUCUACCGCGUGCAGGAGCUCAUGAGUAUUUUAUAAACUCCAUUUAGGUACUUCAGGAAACAUGCAGCAUUUUUUAAAAAAUGGAAAUUGUUUUCUACUUCAUUUUUCCUUUUAGGGUCAAAGGAUAUUUAUUUAUAGGCCUUUUUUUUAAUAGAAUCUGAGGCUGUUUGGGCUUUGACUUAAAUUUCCAUCAGGUCUCUCUCCGGCAGGUAAUCCCUUUCCUCCUGCUGGGUCCCCUCGGGGAGGUGUCAGCUCAAGGACCCAGCCCCAAAACACUUUUCCUCCUUAAUCCUUUGCCAGUCCCCUCUUUUUUAUAAACGUUGCCAGUUUGCUGUUUCUGUUUCGUCAUGACGUCAUCCACUUCACUGUAGCCUACACUCCAAUCUGAGGUUGGCUAUUGUUCAGAUGAGCUGGGCCGAGCUGGGAACUAAAGGCGGCCGCCACCCUGCCACUCCUCCCUGGCUCUGGGGCCGGGUCCCUGCUGCAAGCGGCUGCAUCUUCCUCUCAGCUCCGGUUUCCAUGGUGACCGGUGUGACGCAGCGGCCCCGGCAUGGCUGACCUUCCUGCCCUGCAGAGAGAAGCCGCAGCCUCUUGCCUGUGGAAGGAGAGGCUGGGCUGCGCGGAGCGGAGGGUGAUGGGGAUGUCUGGUGACAGCCGCGCAGACACUGCGCCUCCCUGCAGCGCUGCCUCCCAGCGCCGGGGUCGCGGGCAUAUCCCGCUGAGCGCGUGGGUCCUGCCCCCUCUCAGAGUCACAGGCGAAGGGGCUUCCAGGCACUGGGGUAUUUGGGUGUCACCUGAAGUCUUCAUGACGUCACCUUGCUUCGUCAUUUUCUAUGACGAUUAGAAACCCAUCCUUCAAGCACAAUAAUCGUCACAGACUUCAGUUUGCUUCCUAAAGCAAAAGCUCCAGGUUUGUCUGGAAAAUUUUUUUGAUUUCUGAAAUGAAUUGAUUUUAAUAUUUGGGGCAUCUCUAUAGAAAGUGACCACCAAGGCCAGUAAGUACAGGAGAACAAUGUUUACUAACUUUCUCAGAGAGAUUCGCAAUACGCGUUUCUCCACUGACAGACGCUUGAAAACAACCUUCAGCUCCGUUUCAAUCAAUCACCUCGACUUGCUUCUAGCGUGGACACUGCCAGCCAGGCCAGACAGGACGGAGUAACCCGAAGUCAAUUUCAGGGCUCUGGGCCUGUUGGACACGGAAGAAAUUCUAGUGUAGCCUUGGUAGCUAACAUUGAUUUUAGAACUGGAGAAUGCGUAAAGAUUCAUUUUUAAAGAAGAGCCUGCACAUGGCCAAUGACGGAGGUAAACAAACUAAGAUAUUCUGAGGGAAGGGACCCAGGCCACCCGCUUCCCGGCAGGUCUGCAGAUGAAGGGUUUUUUGAAUGAAAUGCCACUGUGCAUUUUCAGAAAAAAAUCUCUGAUAACCAGACUUUGAAUGGAUGUUUGUUCCUCCUGAUUCUCUUUUCUCUUGUGUGGGGACUUAGAGUUGGUGGGUAUUCAGAACUGUGAAUGUACAUAGCGUCGAGUCGGAUUCCUCGUGUGUGUGAAGGGACGUGGCGGGCCUCCUGGUGGCCUGGGAGCCAGGCGGUGGCAGGUGCAGCAUGGGCCAGGCCUGCGGGGGCGUGAGGGCAGAGGGAGGGUCGCCGUGAAGGAACUUGGGAUUUUCCGUGAAAUAAAUAAAACAUACAGUCUUCUAUACUUGGGA